CACACACAGUGUGCGGUAUUAAAUAGUCAUUUAGUGGUUUAAAAUGGGUUGAGACGGGAGUUUAGUUAUGUAUGAUGUCAUUUAUAGGAAGUUGUGAUUUAAAUUGCAGGGUGCAAAAGUAAUAAAGAAAUUAACAUCAGAGGUCAGCGUUGAUUUAGUAAAAAUUAACGUUGACAUUGGAAUGUUGAUUUAACAACAUUCCUUGGUAUCUACGAUUUGAUUGGUAGUCGGAUCACCCGGAUGCCAACUAGAACAAAUACAGUUUAUUGACAAGAUCAGCCUGAUGAACCAGAAUAGCCUAAUGUAAAUAGACACAGUUCAGGAUGAGUGUUCCUGUAUGUUAGCAGACUCUUUGAGACCCUGGUCAAACUGUGGUGAUCCAUAGGUCCCCUCUCCAGAUUUAAUCUGUUUUUUCAGUUUUUUUUUUUACAUUCUGGGUUUGUUACUGUGCCUCUAGGACAUGUGGACUCCAAAGAAGGGAGAGGACCAUGCCCGCGCCCGCGCUCCCCGAGGGAUGGUGGUCUCCGUCCUGCUCUACUGCACGGGAGAGAUGAGCCACUUCAGCAAGUUCAUGGAGGACAAACCCUUCCCUCUGCAGCUGGUGGAGUGGAUCUUGCGUGGGGUUGCCAGGGUGAUCCUGGCCAACAACCCCGUCAGCGGUGCACUGGUCCUGGGGGCGCUGGUCAUGGCCAGCCCCUGGCAGGCCCUCCUGGGGACCGUGGGCCUGCUGGCGUCCACCCUCACAGCCAUCAUCAUAGGACAGGACAGUGCAGAGAUUGCUGGCGGGCUACAUGGUUUCAAUGGGAUGUUGGUGGCUCUCCUGAUGGGUGUGUUCAGCUCAGCAGGAGACUGGUACUGGUGGCUGCUUAUACCUGCCUGUCUCGGUGGAGCCACGUGCACGUUUCUGUUCAGUGGCUUGGGUCCGUUGCUGGACCGCUGGGAUCUCCCUGUGGCCGUGUUUCCCUUCAACAUGGUGAUCGUGCUCUUCCUCUCCUGCACCGGUGUUGACCAUCCCUACUUCCCGCACUACCCUGCAACGCCACCGGGGGCGCCAGAGGGCCUUAACCACACCCAGCUCCACGUCCCACAACUCCUGCAGGGGGUGGUGUUGGGCGUGGGGCAGAUCUACGCCUGUGGGGCCCUGUGGCCCUCUGUGCUCAUCCUGGGCGGCGUGCUGAUCUUCUCCCCCCUCAUGUGUGUCCACGCCCUCCUGGGCUCCGGGGUCGGCACCCUGGUCGGUCUAUCGAUGGCAGUGCGGCAUGGUGCUCUUUAUUCCGGCCUAUUGGGGUUCAACGGAGCUCUGGGCUGCAUGGCAGUGGGCGGGCUCUUCUUCACUUUCAACUGGAAGACACACCUCUUUGCCAUCGCUAGCGCCUUCCUCUCAGCGUACACAGACAUUGCCCUGAGCAAUCUGCUGGGCACGGUGGGCCUCCCAGCAUGCAGUUUGGGAGCAACACUCAUAGCCACCCUCAUGUUGCUGUUGACAGCCCAGCAUCUCUCCGCCUACAGAAUCCCUAUUGGUCGAGUGGGAUCACCAGAACACAACCUGCACAAGCACAGCCAAUGGGAGGAGGGGGCCAAAGAUGACAGCACAGAUGUGUGACCUAAAAUACACACACACACACACACACAAACACACACAUACACAUACACAAUUGCACUUUUUUUAUCUUGCACAAUGUCACAGACCAGUCUUUUUGUCAUGGCAUAUUAACAUUGUUAGGCUGUUCUUAUUCCAUUAGAUGUUAUGUUGCAGGUUACAGUGGGGUUGUCACAAAUAAAUUGCCAAUUUUGGCAUCCGACUAAUUCCCCUCCCAGUAGCUUACGGUGAGACAGAAGCCAGUGGUGGGCCUGUUCUUCCUUCUUCUGCCCAAAGACACGGUGUGCAAAUGUUCUGUUCUUCGCUCGUCCUUCACGAGUCCUUUAGACAUACGGGCCUCAGACACAGAACAGGCCAACAGGAAGGGACAUCUGUGCAUCCCUGGAUAAAUAAACCAAUUUACAAAGA